CCACGAUAAAAUAAGGCAUCAUUCACGGUAGCUAUAGGUUACAAGUUAGGACCACCAAGAAACAUUAUGAGCAAACGGCGGCGGUUUACAAGUUACAACAAAUAUAUUCACUGAAUAUCGGAGAUUGAACGUUAUGUCUCAUAGCUACUACAACAAGCAGUGGGCGGAGGCCCAGCGGGCCCUGGUGGACAUCAUACAGCAGGAGACGCCGGCAGAACCCCCACUCCCCGACACGGACCGGUAUGCAGUGUUCCAGAUGCUUGCCACCCUGUAUGUCAAGUACAUCCAGAUCUUCCGCGCCCUGGAGCAGGCCUAUGACCAGAUCGUGCACCCUCAGAAGCGGCGCGUGCUGCGUCACGUGCUGGACGGGGUCAUGGGUCGGGUCCUCGAGCUGAAGCAUGAGAUGAUGAACCUGGAGUGUUCCGAGUACCAUUACUUUGACGAUGUCCUGGCGGAUCUGAAACUCACCCCUAGCGACGUGGAGAUCCCAGUGCCUCGCUAUUUCGUCAUGGAGCGCCUGAAGCCAUUGAGGGAACGGGAGAAGGUGCUGGGUCAGAUUCUGGCAAAGAUGGGACCAAAAGACAUGCACAAGGACACGGGAGGUCCCCGGAUGUCACUGGAGGACGCUGUACGUCUGAUCCAGAUCCACGAGCGCGCGAGACAGGGUCGUCUGCGUGCGGAGAUCAUGCUGAGAAUAACGGAGAACUCCAGGAGAAGCCGGAAGCAACCUCCCACAUUGCACCCGGAUGUGGCGGCAACGACCAUUCAGAAGGUGUGGAAGGGGUUUUCCCAGCGGCGACGAACACGGCGGGACAGGGAAGAGGAAAUGACGUUUCUAGGCAUGGCUGCACCCUCUACCCAGGUGAUCCUAAAGAACACGCCCAUGUCGCUGGCCCUGAGGACGGAGGAGACGAGGCGGCGCGUGCAGGAGCGUCACGAGAUGGAGUACCAGCAGGCCCUGGAGGUGAUCCGUGACAAGAUCCAGGAGACCCAGGGACCCGACAUCAAGGAGACUCUGAUGGACCAGAUCAGACAGUGGUUCAUCGAGUGCAGAGACACCACGGGAAAGUUCCCGGAAUAUCCAGAAGAGGAUGACGGGGGUUCAGCCGCCAUCUUUAAGAUGAAGACACCGGAAGAACUAGAAGAUGAACUCAAGGAGAAGGAAGAAGCCAAGGAUGGAAAGAAGAGCAAAAAGGGAAAGAAGAAGAAAGAAAAGAAAGGAAAAAAGGGAAAGAAAGGGAAGAAAAAGAAGGACGACGAUGAUGAGGAAGAAGAGGAAGGGUGGAAGAUGACACCGUCGAGUUUUGUCCCAGCUGUGUGUGAAGGAUCCGACGCUUAUACAGGCGUCUGGCAGCGGCGCGACGAGAGCGGCAACUACUCCCAGCAGUACGACACGGAGUUAGUGAGGGAGGAGAAACGCAAGGAAGUGGAGGAGGAGGUCAGGGUUCAGGUGGAUGAACUGAUGCGGGCCGAGCUGAAGAACCUCAAGAUGGCAGUGGACAGAGACAAAGGAAAGAAGAAGGGGAAGAAGAAAGGAAAAAAGAAGGGGAAGAAAAAGAAAAAGGGGAAGAAAGGAAAAAAGAAGGACAAAGAUCUGACACCAGACAGGACCACGGAGGACCUGUACGAGGAGCUGGUGACCCAGGGCAUCAUCAUCCGCACCCCACAGAUCAAACUGGCCGACUUUGAAGGAGACUACAGCUAUCUGGGGACGACUCUACGUGACGCGGGAGUCGAACCCAUGCCUUCCCUCAGUGACGUCCGACGGCUGGUCACAGAGCUCGGAAUACUGCCGUUAGGCUCAGCAGCUGUGCACGAAAAGGCCCCCCUCACCAAGUCAAUCCUGCUGACCGGACCUCGUGGGACAGGCAAGCGGAUGUUGGUCCACGCCAUUUGUCAAGAGACGGGAGCCAACCUGUUUGACCUCAGUGCUGCAAACCUGGCUGGAAAAUACCCCGGGAAGGACGGCCUGAAGAUGCUCAUGCACCUUGUCUUUAAGGUUGGUCGUGCUCUGCAACCCUCAGUGAUAUACAUCAGUGACUGUGAGAGGAUGUGCAAGAAGAAAGUCCCCAAGUCAGACCCAACUGACCCGAAGCGUCUAAAGAAGGAGCUACCGAAGGCCCUGAAGACCAUUAAGUCCGAGGACCGUCUGCUUCUGGUGGGCACGUCAAGAUGUCCGUUUGAUGCGGAGAUGAAACCCCUGAUGAGCUGCUACAACCGGAUCAUCCUCAUCCCCCGACCAGACUACACAUCCAGACACUUGCUUUGGCGUCGCCUCAUCACCAAGUAUAACGGUGUUCUGACCAGCCACCUGGACGUCAGCUCGCUGUCCAAAGUGACGGACGGCUACACUCCCGGACACAUGGUGACCGCUGUCCAGCAGGUGCUCACUGACCGCCGUAUCCAGCAGCUGUCCAAGAAGCACCUGCAGGCCGUGGAGUUCGUGGCACCGCUGGCCAGGAUUGACCCAGUCUUCGCAGAGGAGGAAGACUCCUUUAAGGCCUGGUAUGCCAAAACCCCGAUGGGCAAGAAGCGAGCCAAGCUUGCUGAAAGUAACGAGGAGGAAGGGAAAGGGGACGGUAAGGGUGACAAAGGCAAGAAGGGGAAGAAAGGCAAGAAGGGGAAAGGCAAGAAGGGAGGAAAGAAGGGGAAAAAGAAGAAGAAAAAGAAGAAAUAAAUGGGGAAAAUGAUGCCAGCCGAAAUUUCUAGAUAUUCGGCCUGGAGUUGUAGGGUAUGGUUUCAUCCACGAUUUGAAGUUUACAGGAUUUUGAAAUACACAAAACAAGUAUUAUCGUUGAGUGUGGAAUAACAUCGGGCAUAUAUUUGUAUGUGUCUAUAGAGUGUACAUAGAAGACUCUGAUCACUGCUAAUUAAAGAUCCGAAUAGACAGCAACGUUUACGUACCGUUAUGAUUGACAAUUUUCUUCAUAUUUUGGUUCUGGAGUAUUUUUAGUUUGAAUAAAAUGGGUGUGACAGUAGACCGAACAACUGGGUACCCGUCCUCGCCGUGAAUACGUUCGCUCCGUUACAAAAUAGCGACCUCAGAGCAACGGGUGACGUCAGUCUGUCAUAGCAUGGAACCACUGCCGUUGUGCUGAGAUCGCUUUGUUGGCGAUCUCCAAGCAGUGUCACGAUAAACAAGGCUUUUUGUGGAAAAAUAAGGUUUAUCUGAAUAUCACCCAGAUUAGCAUCAGUUGAAAAUCAUCUUUUAUUUAUACGAAUUGUAAUGGAUUAUAUGUUUCCAUAGUAACCAGUUCCGAACUUAGCAAAGGUUCUAUUGUAUCUGUGAUGUCACAACUUGCCAAGUUGCCUUCAGUUUCAUAAACAAACAUAUAAUUU